AUGCCGCAAGCGCCCCCAUUUGCUGGCCCGCGCAAGCGGGACGCCCGCCAUCAGAGCCUGCGCGCUCGCCAGCAUGGCCAGACCCGCAAGCGCAAGCGUGACGACGCUGACGAGCCAGAAGACGUUUCCGACCACGCAAGCUCUCCCGCCGGAAACGAUGCUCCUUCGACAAGGCCGCCCUCCUCCGCCAUCAACACUCUCACCGCUGCACAAGCCCAUCAGUUCCGCGUUGCUGGCCAUGACCCCGAGCUCCCUCUCCCCAAACCGCCCUUCCCGCAUGCGCCGGCUUCGGUCAAGCAAACUCGCCACGGUGAGCACCAGCGCCCAUUGAGCAAAAACGCAAGCCACGAGGACAAAUUUACGCCCGCCGAGCUACACCGCGAGUUGGCCGCGCUCAACCCUCCACUGUACGCCUCGCACCUCUCUUCCGCUGCACGUCUCCCCCAGACUCGCGCCAAACGCCGCUCUCGAGGACCCAGCCCGUCGGAGCCUCGUCUCCCCGAGUUGGAAUCGGAUGAAGGCAAUCAUUGGCGACAUCGCCUAGUCCAUGAGAAACUCGCCAUCAUGCAUCGAUGUCUUUUGCAGGGUGACUACCACCGUGCAGGUCUCGUGUGGAAGGUGAUAUUGCAAACUGGACGAGGUGCUAUGAAGGUGGACGAAAGGGUCUACGCAAGAUGGGGUAUUACAGCUGAGAUGCAUCUAAAUACCCCGAAAGCCAGUGACGAUAGUCAGUCAGAGAUUCCCUCCGCGACUAUAGAUGAUGCGACCUUCACGGAAGAAGGCUUCAAGGCCGCCCGUCUCUAUUAUGAACGACUGAUCCUUGACCAUCCAUUUCAACAGAGUAACCCGAAGGCCACCAGCGCUCUUACAUUUUAUCCGGCAAUGUUCAGCCUGUGGCUUUACGAGAUAUCUCAGGCUUCCCGAGUUGCAAUGGCUGCAGCUGAAAAGUCCGACUCGGAUGAUGAAGACACUGGAUCUGAAGUGACGUCGGACUCUGGAUCUCCAAAGCGGCACGCCUCAGCACGCGAGACCCGGAUUUUGGCCAUUAGAACCGACGAACUUCGCCGUGCCCGAGAGAUCGCGGCUCGGCUCGAUGAUCUGCUGUCAUCUCCACAUUUUGACAAGCGUCCCGAACUUCUGCAUCUACGCGGCAUGAUUGCCGUUUGGAACGGUGACCUCAUCGCUCAAAUUCAUCAGUCCGAAAGGAUAAUAGAUGGCCAUAGACCCUCUGAAGAUGACUCCGAGAUGCACGACGAUGCCGACAGAGAAGAGCACAUAAGUAAGGCCAAAGAAUUAUUUCAGCUUGCCAAGGCCUGUGGUGGUUGUCUGAGCGAGGGGGCAAUUCAAAUUUUGGGAAUUGAGGAUGACUGA